UUAUGCAGUAUUAUGCGAUAUUACGUUGGUAUGACCAUCGACAGAAAAAAUAUGUAUUUGUUAUAUAGAGAGGAUGUCGGAUAAUGCGGUUUCAUUUGUCGGGUCCAUUUGGUUGGAGAAGUAUGACUGAACGUCUGUCGGCUUUUUAUGUCGAUAAAGUAUGAAGGUUGUUAGUUAUGUUGUACGUCGUGUGUCGGGACCACUUAGCCCGGUGCUAAAUGAAGUCGUUGCCGCGUUCCAAGAUUGGGCAGAACAUCGGUACCGGCAAAAAAAUAUGAUAAAAUUUUACCAUUGCCAUGAUUUUACGGAACAAUAUUUUAAAACAGGUUAACACUAAGAAGCAGGAAAAUACAAUCUUCAUUGUUUACAGACUUAUUGGAAACUCAGUUUAUUAAAUUUUGUUUAGAUAAAAAAAAUCGUACACAUCCUUCAAAAAACUGCAAGUUUUUGCAUAAGGAAUCGGUGUUUUGAGAAAUGAUCACGCAUACGAAUCAUGCAUAGUGCCUAAUAUGGCUUAAAAGGCGGUAGGUCUACGAAAUAGGCCAAUCAGAUUUUGUCAUCUAUAAAACUUCGUACCUAUUCGACUUAUUGCAAUGUAUUAUAGUUUUUCAGGAUUCCUGAGCACGAGGAGCGAUGGUGCACCGAAAAUAUUUUGCAAAGACGACUUUAAACAUUUUGUGGAGCUGAAGCUGUGCAGCUCUCAAAAAAUUUCAAAUCACUCUCUUUUGAUUCAGGGACAGUUUUCUUAUUUCUUUUUUCCCGAAAGGGAAUGCAGAGUAAUGACAGUCAGGCAUGUUUGCUCCUUUCUCCACUGCAAACUAAAGAUGUUGUUUCUCGUAAGCAAUUUCUAGAGGAGCUGGAAAAAGAAUUUGACGAUGAUCUGGAGAAGGAGAAAAAUAGACAUUUGAAUGGACAUAACCAUAACAGUGUAAAUAACAGUAAUAUUUGCAAUACUACAAGUUUUUAUCCUGUACUUUUACGACUUGCACAUGAAUGCCCAUUUCACGAUGUACGAUUGGCAUGCGAAGGAAUUCUUCUAAAGCUUGAGAACAAAGGUGUUAGGAUUCCCCGAAGAAAAGUAUUUGGUCCAUCAAAGUUUAUAUCUACCAAAGAUUGUGUUUCAAUCGAUACAACGGAUGAUGAGGUUCAUGGCUGUUUUGUUGAUGCAUUUCUUUUUAAUGGACGUACGUCUCACAUACAUCAGUUACUAGGAUACCAUAUUCAAUAUUUGUCGUGUUUUUUGCAGUUUGAAUCAUUGUUGAUGCGCUGCAAUGGUUCACUGAGAAUCGACUGGAGAUAUUAUAUUGGGAUCAUGGGUGCAGCCAGGCAUCAAUGUGAUAUCCUAAUACAAGAGUGCGAAAAGAUGUUCCUGAUGAUGGAUGGCGAUCCACAGUGGUUAAAUGGGGUACAAAAUGUUCCUGUAAAACUGCAGAAAUUAACCAAACUAAGCAAAAUACUUGCACACCAACCUUGGUUGCUAUCAGAGCCUGUAAUAAAGGACUUGUUAGUGGGUCCUCCUGCUGAGACAUGGUCUGUAUCUGAAUUAAUCCAUGCCAUUGUUAUAUUGGUACACUAUCAAACGUUAUCUGGUUUUGUUUUUGGUUGUGGAAUAACACCAGAAAUUGACUCUAAAAAUGGACAUUCUCAACGUAGCCAAUCAUCUGGUGAAUGCAGUUCUGGUACUGAAGUAUUGACACCUACCAAACUUAGAGCACCAUCCCUAGAUACAAAGGAACAAUCGGAUACGACAGCGGGUUUGUUCCAAAAGAUCCAAAAAAUUAAACGUGAGGAAACAGAUAACUCACAAGAGGAGGAAGAAAGUGAAAAGUUGCGCCAGUUCCAGGAAGUUGAAACAAAAGAACUGGAUGAUGAAUCGAUGGAAGGGGACUCAUUCUCCAUUGAUAGUGACUACGAUAGAUACAUAGAAGACAAAAAUUUUCAUUAUGAAGAAUUUGCUAAAAGAAAAACCAAAGAUAUUGAAGUUUUCAGAGCUCAAGAUUAUAGUUGGCAACAGCAUUGUUUUGCUUUUAUUAACCGUUUAUUUCCUGAGAUGGGAACGUUAUUAGAUGAUAAAUUUCGGUGUUCCUUUAAUUUAACUUAUAACACAAUGGGAGACAGCAUUACAGAUGUAGACACGUCAAAAUUUCGCCUGGCCACAUGGAAUUAUAUUCAUUUAGUUUAUGGCAUCUUUCACGAUGACUACGUGUAUUAUGAGGUCAAUAAAUUACUGGAAAAAGCUUAUAAAUCCUAUAUAAAAAAGGUGGCGUGUUUUCCGGAGAGAACUACAUUUUUAGACUACCACGACUAUUACACAGACCUCUUACCCUCGGAAAAGGUCCACAUCAAUUUGCUAGUUCUGGAGUCACGAAUGCAGGCUAUUUUGUUGUAUGCAUCACGUAGUAUCAUGAAGUACAUGAACCAGUGUUGAGCGCAUGAAGCUUCAUAUAUGCUUGCGUACGCACGUUUAAACGUAAGAAAAAAUGUGGUGUGAAUGCAGGAUUUUUUUCUUAUAGAAAUUAUACUAAAUUUUAAAGGUUAGUUUCCACUAGGUGUUCUUAGACGCUUCGAGAAAUAUAAUGACGAAUGCAUGUGUAACCAACCUAGUGUAGACUGACCUUCGUUUCUUUAUAUAAAAAAAAGAAUUAAUUUCACUAAUUUUUGUUACCGAUUUUCUAUUGAAAAUGAAAAAAUGUUAUUUCUGUUUAGUUUGUUAAAAUAUAAACUGUAUAUUAGCCAGAAUGUUUCCGUCCUGUUUUUAUAUUAUUUAGCAUUAUACUUUCAACAGAUUACUGUUCUGAAGCCUAUUCAGUUUUUGUGAACGUUAAACGAGAAUAAUUCUCAAUGUAGUACGUAUUCUUCAUGUUGUGGCUGAAUUCUUAUAUUUUAUACCAAUAAAUAAGAUAAACCUGGUCAUUUAAGUAGACUUAUUAUUCAAUAUGUCAAAAGUUUAAUUUGGUUAAAACGAAAAACACUUUUUAUGUUGUAACGAUAUUCUGAAUAUUCUUAUUGUUGUGUAUUAGCAUUAUCUUGAUUAUUAAUCUCGAUCAUUAAUUUCUAUUUAUUUACUUUCUGCUAAAAUAAACAGGGAACAUAAAAAUAUAUACCUGCAAUAAAGACGAGUCAAUUAGACGGGUUUUUAGUCGACAAUAGAAACGUCGUGUGUUAAGAGCCUUAACAGUAGAAUUGUGGUGUGUUUAAAGCCUUGAUGACGUUUUUAGUCUUCUUUUUAUUAUCUUUUGAUUUUUUAACUGGAAUAUGUUGUAUGUUUUUAACCGGUGUACACAAAAAACAUCUAGAUAUAAUAUUGCAUCGCCUAUCAAA